CGUUCUGCCGGAGAGACCACGCGCGAUCACGCUUCUUCCUACGCUUUUGCUUCAUAGAAAUAGAAGUUGUAUGAAACGUAAUUUAGUCGAACAAGUGUUUGAAUCGAGUGAGUUCGACCUUUUUCUCUGAUAAUUAUAAAGAAGAAACUAAUCAAUUCAAACUGGUUUGAAGACUCAUUGUUCGACCGACGAAAAACGCAAUGAGCGCUAAAGUUUGGGUUUACUUAGCAGUGCUGUGCGCCGCCUUCGUGUCAGGAGUGCUAGCUGCGCCCCAUCGCCUUGAUGACAGAACUCAUGACCACGCAGACGAUCAUACGAAACUGCUGAGCCAUGACGGUCUGAAAGAAAUGGACGUUAAGGAAGGCUCAGAUAUUGCUCAUGAACAUCCAGCCAACGACCAAGGAGAUACUGUAAACAAUGAUCAAGAAGAUUUAACUAACAAUGAAGACCGAGCCAAUGGCCAAGACGUUAUUACUGAAGGUCAGGAGAAGCCAGCCAAGAGUCAAGACGUAAUUGCUGGUAGCCAGGACGAGUCAGCCAAGAGUCAAGAUGCCAUUGCUGGCGGCCAUGACAAGCCAGCCAAGAGUCAGGACGUAACAGCUGGUGGACAAGACAAGUCAGCCAAGAGCCAAGAUGCUAUUAUUGAAGGUCAGGACAAGCCAGCCAAGAGUCAAGACGUAAUUGCUAAUGACCAGGAAAAGCAAGCCAAGAGUCAAGAAGUAAUUGCUGGUGGCCAAGGCGAGUCAGCCAAGAGUCAAGACGUAAUUGUUAGCGGUCAGCAAAAGCCUGCCAAGAGUCAAGACGUAAUUGCUGAUGGCCGAGAGAAGCAAGCUAAGAGUCAUGACUUAACUGCUGGUGGCCAAGACAAGCCAGCCAAGAGUCAAGACGUAAUUGUUGGUGGUCAAGACAAGCCAGCCAAGAGUCAAGACGUAAUUGUUGGUGGUCAAGACAAGCCAGCCAAGAGUCAAGACGUAAUUGCUGGUGCUCAAGACGAGUCAGCCAAGAGUCAAGGCGUAAUUGUUGGUGGCCAAGACAAACCAGCCAAGAGUCGAGACGUAAUUGCUGAUGACCAGAAGUCAGCCAAGAUUCAAGACGUAAUUGUUGGUGGGCAAAACAAGCCAGCCAAGAGUCAUGAGGUAAUUGCUGGUGGCCAAGACGAGUCAGCCAAGAGUCAAGACGUAAUUGUUGGUGGUCAGGACGAGUCAGCCAAGAGUCAAGACGUAAUUGUUAGUGGUCAGCAAAAGCCAGCCAAGACUCAAGACGUAAUUGUUGGUCGGGAAAAGCCAGCCAAGAGUCAAGACGUAAUUGUCGGUGGUCAGGACGAGUCAGCCAAGAGUCAAGACAUAAUUACUGGUCAGGACAAGCCAUCCAACGGUAAAGACAAGAUUCUUGUUUCCAGUCAUGAAGGUCCCGUUCUCGACCAUGACGACCACACUCGCGCGCACCAGUUGCACGGUACCAAUAACAUCGGCCUUGACAAGCCCGACGCAGCAAGCGGAGCUGCCGAGGAAGUUUCAGCGUCCGAAAAGAAGCGCGCUGGAAAGAAGGAAUCUAUUGCAACUGACAGCGACGUCAUUUCCAAAAGCCUCCACGAUACCGAAAGAGACGACCACUCUCCUUGCUCCAGGCGGUGCUUCGGUGCUGAUGGAAGUGGCUCGAGCUGCUGCGAUUCCAAUCUCGGGCAUUAGUUUUUUUCUGGUUUGAUGAAACGAGACGAAUCCAUUACGGAACCCUAAAAUUAAAUGGUUCAUGAAACCUUGAAAACUAUGUAGGCUUCCUAAAUUUUGGUGACUAAAACCGUUAGGAAUUAGAAUACAAUAAAUAUCUCAGCUCGCUAGUGAACAUUAUGGGACACUUGCCUCAAUUUCUUUUCCUGACUCGAGACUGCGUUGUCUUAGAGUCUUCUUUGUUUCUCAUGUGACUUAUUUUUGUAUUGCAUGUCAGCGACUGAGGAGCAAUACUAUUAAUUCGAUUACCCUUAGUAAUCAUUUAAAAUAAAAAAUUUAAGUUAAUAAUGGACUCUUCUAUAACUCGUAAAACCUUAAUAAUUAAUAGUUCUUUCCCGCUGUUUCUGUAAAAUUGUCAUUCUUCAUGUGAGAUAUUUUGCCUUCGGUUACCAUGCCGGCUAAAUUAAUCAUGAGGAAUAAAUUACACUGAAAUGGUGAACAUAUUCCAGCAUUGUCCAGCCAAACAUGUACAAGUUCUAAGUAUCUCAUGCUUUUUGUGAUUCAUGUCAACAUUUUUUCUAUUCAAAUUAAUUUUCGUGGAAUUUAAAAAUUCAGAAUUUCUUGAAAACAUUACCAACCAUCGAUGCUAAAGUUCGUCUGUACCCUGUCUCUCUUGACUGAAUUUCAUCGCAAGACUCAAAAAUAAUGUCAUACUGCCGAGUGCCGACAUUCAUAUUUAGUGUACUAAAACGUACCAGCAAAUUCUGUAUCUAUAGGCUUAUCAGUGACCCGCCAGAAUAUUAAUUAUCUUCUUUUAAGUGUUAUCAGGUGAGGGCCCAGCUGAUAAUAGGCCCAUACCUCGACAAUGACACUCACUGUGCUGUGAACGCUUCAAAUCUAUCAAAGUCUUUCAUAAAUACAACAUUAAAUGAAACUUAUGUGGCUUCAGAGCAUGAAAGAUGCGUUUGCCGCACCUAGACUGAAUUUUUGACACGGAAAGAUUAAUAAAUUGAUGAAUAUAAACGACAGACACUUUCUUCAGCAUUGUUUUCCACAAAUAUCGAUAUUCUCAUCACAAUUCCGUUCGCGUAUUACACGGGUUGAAAUCCAAAUAUAAUAAAUGUUAUAUUCAUUAAAUUAGAACGGGUGGUCAUAUUAUUUUAGAACAUUUAUUGACAUUUAAAUACCAGCAGCAAUCGUGUGACAAGAAAUUAUUUGAACCCGAAAUAAAAUCAGAAAAAUAAUCGUAUAUUUGAGCUCAAUAUAUCAUGUGUCGCAACUGAUUGUGAUUUAGAAGGCUUUAUUAUUUGAUGAGCACGAUUUAAGUCCCGUUGACAUAGGUCAUUAUAGGUUAUGAUUGAGGAGCUAUACCUAUGUUCGAUCAUUCCAUAUUUUUCAGUAAAAAGGCACACGUGCAUAUGUGAUGAAAUUUGUGAACGUUGUCUUCAGUUUGCGCAUGUAUCUAAUUCAUCUCUCUAAAUAAUUUGUACAUAUUUCUAUCAGAGCUUCGAUCGUUUAACUCUGACGCUGACUUGAGACGUCCCCUGUUGUGGCCCGAUUACCCGAUCGAAUGGAGGAGGGCCAUAGCCCCUGUAGUGCCAGGGUUAUCAUGUCAUAUUGUACUCGUCCAAAUUGUCUGAACUUCGAAUAGUGAAUUGAAUAUAAACCCAGAUUAUGUAUGAACUGCAGCUAGAGAUUGGCUUGAAUGCAUGACUCGCAGCUAGAGAUUAUACUUGAAAUAUCACACAGGUUAAAAACGAUACGUUUUCAUGGAGUCACUGUUACAUCCCAAAAAAUACAAUUUUGUCACAAUUAUUCUACCCAUUCUCGUACGCACGUGUACUCAUAAGAAGGUCAACUGUCAGAAGAGCAAGCCCAAUUUAAUCGCUUCAAUUCGCAUGUUGCCAAACGUUUGCUACGCCACAAAUAGACUGGCGCAAUAUUGUCUUUUGCUUUCAUUGCGCCAAGAAGUCUCGUAUGGCAACUGCACGUUGCUCCAAAGUCCAAGCAGCAACAAAUGUAAUUUUUAUACCUUAUAUUAAUUAAUUAAAAAAGGAAAUGACUUUUCCAUCUCUUCUUAUUAUAUUUUAGAUAAAACGCGAGCUGACGCUUUUUUUUAAUUCUCAGCCCAUGAUAUAUUAUGGAAGAAGAGUUCAAGUUUCAUUUACGAUGACGCUCAUUAAAAUGCGUUAUUAUUUAUCUUAUUCCUUGGUGAUAACUGCAUGAAAAUUACAAAGUUAAUUGCUACCACUCUAGUUAGAUGGUAUCUCAUCACGUCCCAGUUAACUCACUUGACCUAUCCUUAUCAACGCGUUUCGUCAGCGCCUAUUUUGGCUUCUGAUUAUUUCCCUGAUGAAAUCAACUCUUAUCGGUAGUGGACAGGCUCUCUAAACGCCGAAAUAAUUCGAGAUAUAUUCUGUGUGUCACCAAUUUGGUUCCUAUGCUCAAGGAGAAGUAUUAUGAGUAUUUAAAACAAACAUAUUUGUAAUAUGUCAUUUUCAACAGCUUACAUAAGAUUUUUUAUUUUCGAUAUGCAUUAUGUAUCUUAACAAACUUGUCUAAUUGAAAGGCUCUACCCUAACUAUGCUAAUUAUGUAUAUUGUAAAUAAAGGUACAAAAAAUUCUGUUUUAGAUCUUUUA